AUGGCGCUCGGGAGUCGGUGGCAACCGCCACCCCAACUGCUGCCGCUGCUGUUGCUGCUGGCGCUGGUGGCGGGCGUCCGUAGCUUGGAGUUCGGUGGCGGCCCCGGGCAGUGGGCUCGCUACGCGCGCUGGGCGGGAGCGGCGAGCACCGGCGAGCUCAGCUUCAGCCUGCGCACCAACGCCACGCGUGCGCUGCUGCUCUACCUGGACGACGGCGGCGACUGCGAUUUCCUGGAGCUGCUGCUGGUGGACGGGCGCCUGCGGCUGCGCUUCACGCUGUCUUGCGCCGAGCCCGCCACGCUGCAGCUGGACACGCCGGUGGCCGACGACCGCUGGCACAUGGUGCUGCUGACCCGCGACGCGCGGCGCACAGCGCUGGCGGUGGACGGCGAAGCUCGCGCCGCCGAGGUGCGUUCAAAGCGGCGCGAGAUGCAGGUGGCCAGCGACCUGUUCGUGGGCGGCAUCCCACCCGACGUGCGCCUCUCUGCGCUCACGCUCAGCACCGUCAAGUACGAGCCGCCUUUCCGCGGCCUCCUGGCCAACCUGAAGCUGGGCGAGCGGCCGCCGGCGCUGCUGGGUAGCCAGGGUCUGCGCGGUGCGGCCGCCGACCCCCUGUGCGCGCCUGCGCGCAAUCCCUGCGCCAACGGUGGCCUCUGCACCGUGCUAGCCCCCGGCGAGGUGGGCUGCGACUGCAGCCACACUGGCUUCGGCGGCAAGUUCUGCAGUGAAGAGGAACACCCCAUGGAAGGUCCGGCUCACCUGACGUUAAACAGCGAAGUAGGGUCCUUACUGUUCUCCGAGGGGGGGGCCGGGAGAGGAGGAGCCGGCGAUGUGCACCAGCCGACAAAAGGCAAGGAGGAAUUUGUGGCAACCUUCAAGGGCAAUGAGUUCUUCUGCUACGACCUGUCCCACAACCCGAUCCAGAGCAGCACUGAUGAGAUCACACUGGCCUUCCGCACCCUGCAGCGCAACGGGCUGAUGCUGCACACGGGGAAGUCGGCUGACUACGUCAACCUGUCCCUCAAGUCCGGGGCUGUCUGGCUGGUCAUCAACCUAGGCUCAGGUGCCUUCGAGGCCCUCGUGGAACCCGUCAAUGGCAAGUUCAACGACAACGCCUGGCACGACGUCCGGGUUACCCGAAACCUGCGCCAGCACGCAGGGAUUGGACACGCUAUGGUGACCAUCUCGGUGGACGGGAUCCUGACCACUACAGGCUACACGCAGGAGGAUUACACCAUGCUGGGCUCUGAUGACUUCUUCUACAUUGGGGGCAGUCCCAACACAGCUGACCUGCCUGGCUCACCUGUCAGCAACAACUUCAUGGGCUGCCUGAAGGAUGUGGUCUACAAGAAUAAUGACUUCAAGCUGGAGCUGUCCCGACUGGCUAAGGAAGGGGACCCGAAGAUGAAGCUGCAGGGGGAUUUGUCCUUCCGCUGUGAGGACGUGGCUGCCCUGGACCCUGUGACCUUCGAGAGUCCUGAGGCCUUUGUGGCACUGCCCCGAUGGAGUGGCAAACGCACGGGUUCCAUCUCCCUGGACUUCAGAACCACUGAGCCCAACGGGUUGUUGCUCUUCAGUCAGGGCCGGCGGGCUGGGGCUGGGGCCGGGGCCGGGGCCGGGGCAGGCAGCCACGGCUCUACCCAGAGGGCCGAUUACUUUGCCAUGGAGCUGCUGGAUGGCUACCUCUACCUGCUGCUGGACAUGGGCUCCGGGGGCAUCAAGCUGCGGGCGUCCAGCCGCAAGGUCAAUGACGGCGAGUGGUGCCACGUGGACUUCCAGAGGGACGGGCGCAAAGGCUCCAUCUCUGUGAACAGCCGCAGCACGCCAUUCUUGGCCACAGGAGAGAGUGAGGUCCUGGACCUGGAGAGUGAGCUGUUCCUGGGUGGCCUCCCUGAGGGGGGUCGAGUGGACCUGCCUCUGCCCCCGGAGGUGUGGACAGCUGCUCUCCGGGCUGGCUACGUGGGCUGUGUGCGAGACCUCUUCAUAGAUGGACGGAGUCGAGAUCUCCGGGGCCUGGCUGAGGCACAGGGGGCUGUGGGCGUGGCUCCUUUCUGCUCCCGGGAGACCCUGAAGCAGUGUGCAUCGGCCCCCUGUAGAAAUGGGGGCAUCUGCAGAGAGGGCUGGAACCGCUUCGUCUGUGAUUGCAUCGGAACCGGCUUUCUGGGUCGGGUCUGCGAGAGAGAGGCCACGGUCUUAAGCUAUGAUGGUUCCAUGUAUAUGAAGAUCAUGCUGCCCAAUGCCAUGCACACGGAAGCGGAGGAUGUGUCCCUGCGCUUCAUGUCCCAGAGGGCUUAUGGACUCAUGAUGGCCACCACCUCCAGGGAGUCGGCCGACACUCUGCGUCUCGAGCUGGACGGGGGGCAGAUGAAGCUCACCGUCAACCUCGACUGCCUGCGCGUCGGCUGCGCACCCAGUAAAGGCCCCGAGACGCUCUUCGCGGGGCACAAACUCAACGACAAUGAAUGGCACACGGUGAGGGUGGUCCGGCGUGGCAAGAGCCUGCAGCUGUCUGUGGACAACGUGACCGUGGAGGGGCAGAUGGCAGGAGCCCACACUCGGCUGGAGUUCCACAACAUUGAAACGGGCAUCAUGACGGAGCGGCGGUUUAUCUCUGUGGUGCCCUCCAACUUCAUCGGGCACCUGAGCGGGCUGGUGUUCAAUGGUCAGCCCUACAUGGACCAAUGCAAAGACGGAGACAUCACCUAUUGUGAGCUCAAUGCCCGCUUUGGCCUGCGUGCCAUCGUGGCUGAUCCUGUCACCUUCAAGAGUCGUAGCAGCUACCUGGCGUUGGCCACGCUUCAAGCCUACGCCUCCAUGCACCUCUUCUUCCAGUUCAAGACCACAGCCCCCGAUGGGCUUCUGCUGUUCAACUCAGGCAACGGCAAUGACUUCAUUGUCAUCGAGCUGGUCAAGGGGUACAUCCACUACGUGUUUGACCUGGGAAAUGGCCCGUCCUUGAUGAAGGGAAACUCAGACAAACCAGUCAAUGACAACCAAUGGCACAAUGUGGUGGUGUCCAGGGACCCAGGCAACGUACACACGCUGAAGAUUGACUCCCGCACGGUCACGCAGCAUUCCAACGGUGCCCGGAAUCUGGAUCUCAAAGGGGAGUUGUACAUCGGCGGCCUGAGUAAGAAUAUGUUUAGCAACCUGCCGAAGCUGGUGGCCUCUCGGGAUGGCUUCCAGGGCUGCCUGGCGUCUGUGGACCUCAACGGGCGCCUCCCAGACCUCAUCUCUGACGCCCUGCACCGCAUCGGGCAGGUGGAGAGGGGCUGUGACGGCCCCAGCACCACCUGCACCGAAGAGUCUUGUGCCAACCAGGGCGUCUGUCUGCAGCAGUGGGACGGCUUUACCUGUGACUGUACCAUGACCUCCUAUGGCGGCCCUGUCUGCAAUGACCCUGGGACCACGUACAUCUUUGGGAAGGGGGGAGCGCUCAUCACCUACACAUGGCCUCCCAAUGACCGGCCCAGCACUAGGAUGGACCGCCUGGCCGUGGGCUUCAGCACCCACCAGCGGAGCGCUGUGCUGGUGCGCGUGGACAGUGCCUCCGGCCUCGGGGACUACCUGCAGCUGCACAUUGACCAGGGCACUGUUGGGGUGAUUUUUAAUGUGGGCACGGACGACAUUACAAUUGAUGAGCCCAACGCCAUCGUGAGCGACGGCAAAUAUCACGUGGUGCGCUUUACUCGAAGUGGUGGCAAUGCCACCUUGCAGGUGGACAGCUGGCCAGUCAACGAGAGGUACCCGGCAGGACGCCAGCUGACCAUCUUCAACAGCCAGGCUGCCAUCAAGAUAGGGGGCCGGGAUCAGGGCCGCCCCUUCCAGGGCCAGGUGUCCGGCCUCUACUACAAUGGGCUCAAGGUACUGGCGCUGGCCGCCGAGAGCGACCCCAAUGUGCGGACUGAAGGCCACCUACGCCUAGUAGGGGAAGGGCCGUCCGUGCUGCUCAGUGCGGAGACCACUGCCACCACUCUGCUGGCCGACAUGGCCACCACCAUCAUGGAGACCACCACCACCAUGGCCACCACCACUACUCGCCGGGGCCGCUCCCCCACAAUGAGGGACAGCACCACCCAGAACACAGAUGACCUCCUGGUGGCCUCGGCUGAGUGUCCAAGUGAUGAUGAGGACUUGGAGGAGUGUGAGCCUAGUACUGCCAACCCCACGGGUCCGGGGGAGCGCGGCCCGCCGGGCGCAGUGGAGGUGAUCCGCGAGUCCAGCAGCACCACGGGCAUGGUGGUGGGCAUCGUGGCGGCGGCGGCGCUCUGCAUCCUCAUCCUCCUCUACGCCAUGUACAAGUACCGCAACCGCGACGAGGGCUCCUACCAGGUGGACCAGAGCCGGAAUUACAUCAGUAACUCGGCCCAGAGCAAUGGGGCGGUGGUGAAGGAGAAGGCCCCCGCUGCCCCCAAGACGCCAAGCAAGGCCAAGAAGAACAAAGACAAAGAGUAUUACGUCUGAGCACCCAGUCCAGGCACCGCGCCCCACUGCCAGCUGCUCCUCCCGGGAGGGCCCGGAGGAGGGUGCGGCCCUCUCCCUGCAGGGGGAUCUGGGGACCCUCUCCCCGGCUGCCUCAGGCUACUCCCACGAAGAGGAAACGCAAAAAAAAAAAAAAAAAAAAAGAAAAAGAAAA